UCAGUUUCGGAGGUUUUCACGGCUCUUGCUGAAGGUUCAAAGUCAUGAUCAGGAACGAGGUUUUCUCCUGCUUCGUCUUCUACGCAGUUCUUCUCGUCACUAAGAUGUACGUUAUAGCCAUCAUAACGGGACAAGUCAGGCUGCGUAAAAAGGCUUUUGCCAACCCCGAGGACGCGAUGAGACACGGAGGUUUGCAGUUUCACCGAGAAGAUCCUUAUGUGGAGAGAUGCCGGAGGGCUCACUUAAACGACUUGGAAAACAUCCUCCCUUUCCUCUUCCUGGGCGCCAUCUACUCCCUGACUGGGCCUUCGCUGACCGUGGCCCGCGUCCAUUUCCUCGUCUUCUUCCUAGGCCGCCUGCUGCACAGCGCUGCCUACCUGUUUGCUCUGCCGGCGCCCACCCGCUCCGUUGCCUACUCGGUCGCGCAGAUGCCCUGCAUCUCCAUGGCUGUGCAGAUCCUAAUAUCGGUCGCAGUAUAUGCCUGAAACAUCUGAGGGAUGAAAGACUGAACACGAGGUGUUGUCCAAUAGGGGUGGGUUAAAAAAUCGAUACAUCAUCGAUAUACAUGUGUAGGAACGAUUAUCGAUACAUAAAUCCAAGUGUUGAUUUAAUUUUUUUUUAAAUCACAAUUUUUUUCCCGAAUUUAUCACCCAGUGCUCCCACGGCGCUGAAGUCAUGGGGGAACUUUAACACGCACUCAGCGCCCAACAGCGUCCCUGGCAGGAAUUGAACCCAGGACCUUCUUGCUGUGAGACGGCUGCACUACCAGCUGCGCCACCAUGCCCCUUAAUUUUUUUUUUUGGAGAAUCCCUUCCAUUGCCAAAGAAAAAUUGGUAUUGUAACUAGAAUAUCGAUAUCGAAUCGUAUCGGAAAUCGUAUCGACUUGGGACCUAGUGUAUCGGAAUCGUAUCGUAUCGGGAGGUCAGUGAUGAUACCCAGCUCUAUUGUCCAAACACUUCUGUGAUGACUACAGUUUGUGACCCAGGUCAGAGUAAUCAGCUGAAGGGGUUCGAACCCAGCUGGAGUGCAUUGAGAGAAGCACACAAAUGCACCAGUUCUAGUUUUUGGGGAGAUUUUGACAGUAUUUUAACUCAUAUAUUUUUCAAAAUGUGACAGUAACUUAAACAAUAUUUGAAGUGUGAUACUUGAUAUCUGACGUCAUAGACUGUACUUGUGUAUUUAACAUGCAAAUAUGAAGGUUGAUGCUCUUUUUCACAUAAUUUUUCUCACCGACUGACAUUUGUAGACCUGCAGCCUCUGUGGAAUAUUUCCCUAGCCGAACUGCACUGCAUGCUGAUCCCUAACCUCUCUUUUGUUUACACAAAACACAAUCUGAUCGACGUGGCUUCAUAUCCUCGUCGUGGCUUCAUCUGUUUCCUGUGUGGGUUUUCCAUCUUUUGUGUUAUCAUUUGUACCCUUCGCUCAACAGAGUUUUUAAUGGAUCUUGAUGUGCUGACUGAUGAAGUGUUGCAGGAUUAAAUACCCCUCUGUCUGAAGCGGCUCCUGUGUGAACGAAACUGGUUCUCAGGCAAUUUUAAAAAGGAGGACAGGACCGACGUGUAAACGUCUCUACAGCAUGCAGGUUCUCUUAUAAUUUGAUCUGUGAAAAUGUAUUUUAAAGAUUUUGUUAAUGUUAAUUUAUUAUUUGUUUGUCAUGUUUAUCACUCCACAGUAACAAUUGUUUUUUUGUCAAUAAAACAUUGCAGCAAACU